AUGAAAAAAAAUCGUUUCCAGGUAUUUAAAACCGAGCCUGACGACUCAGAUGCUGAGACUCCUAGGAAGCAAAAAAGUGGAAGUGAACCGCCGCCUGCUAAAAAUGUGAUCGAACGUAAAGUCAGUUCCACAGGACGAUUCAUGGUCAUGUCCGAUAACCCAAAUGGAGUGGCGGAUAGACCUACAGUUUUUGAACAUCGGAGUACAGAUGAAGACGAUGCUUCCAAGGAGAAUGGUAUCCAGCCAAAAGAACAAGCAGCUCCACGGUCUAAAGGGGUCCAUUUUUCCGUGGGGGAUAAGGAGCGAGACGACGACGAUCCUAAACGGGAACAAGCCGAAACGAAUACUACGAUUAAUCUGAAGAGCUGGCGUCCUACUCGAAAUCCUGCAUGGGUACUGUGCUUUUCACUGACUUCAGAAGGGGGACCUGCCUUCUUGCUGAAAUUUGAGUACCAUCUGAUUUUGCGAUCAUCUUUUUUAGGUCUUGGUUCAAUGAUUGUGCUUUUGGCAUCACUAGUCACCUCUAUAACUGCCAUUUCGACAUGUGCUAUUUGCACCAACGGUGAUGUGAAAGGUGGUGGAGCCUACUUUUUGAUAUCUCGCUCACUAGGACCGGAAUUCGGUGGUUCAAUCGGUUUGAUCUUCUCUGUAGCAAAUGCAGUGGGUGCAGCUAUGUACAUUGUUGGAUUUGCUGAAACUGUACGAGAUCUCCUAAGGGAAGCGAGCAUGAAGAUCAUUGAUGCAGGCAUGUGGGACGUACGGAUAGUUGGAUUCGUGACGUGCAUAGUUCUGAUGGGUAUCGUUUUCAUCGGAACGGCAUUCGAAUCCAAAAUGCAGAUGGGUUUACUAGUAAUAUUGGUGGCUUCGAUCAUUGAUUAUAUGAUUGGCUCCUUCCUACCGAUAAACGAAGAGAUGGAAUUACGAGGAGCUACAGGAUACAAUCUCCCGACCUUGAUAGAAAAUUUCUUGCCAUCUUUCCGUGGUGAAGAUUUCUUCUCAGUAUUUGCCGUCUACUUCCCUGCAGCUACAGGAAUCAUGGCUGGUGCUAACAUAAGUGGC